AUGAUACCAUGCACUCUAGGUGAUGCUUGUACAAGGAUAGCUCUAUGCGACCUUGGAGCAAGCAUCAAACUAAUACCUACUUUACUAAUAAAGAAGCUUUGUUUGACUGAUGAAGUCAAACUAACCCGCAUAUGCCUUCAACUUGCUGUUGGUUCUAUUAAGAUACCAUUAGGAGUAAUCGAAGACAUGAUUGUCAGGGUGGGACCCUUUGCUUUUCCCACUGACUUUGUGGUGUUGGACAUGGAAGGGCACAGGAGUGCAUCCCUUAUCAUAGGAAGACCCUUCCUAGUUACAAGACGGACCCUCAUUGAUGUUGAAAAAGGGGAAAUAAUCUUAAGAGUCAAUGAGAAAAAGUUCGUACUGAAUGCUAUCAAGGCUAUGCAGUAUCCAGACAUUCCUAAGGAAUGCAUAAGCAUUGACCUCAUUGAUUCCCUGGUGGAAGAGGUCAACAUGGCUGAAAGCCUCAAGGAAGAGCUAGAUGAUAUCCUUGAUGACACUCAGCCUGAUUCAGAGGAACCUCUGGAAACCUCUGAGGAAAAAGAGAAGCCUCCAAAGUUGAGCUUAUGCCAUUAUCUUCCUCCCUAA